UCGAUUUGAUUUUUGAAUUUUUAAUUAAUUGAUUGAUUGAUGGUGAUGAUGAUAAAUCUAUGAAUCAAUGAAAUGAUGGCUACGGCUACAUCAUUAGGUUUGAAUAAAGUAUUUAUAUUGGAUAAAUAUUUUGCCGAACUGAAUAAAUAUUGGCAAAAUGAAUGUCUUCAUCAACAAGAUAAACCAAAAUCCAAUUAUAAUCAACAACAACAACAACAAAAAUCGAAUGAUUAUCGAAAAUUAAAUAACAUCAACAACAACAACCAAAAUGAUCAAUCAACGAUAUUGGAUAAUAAUAUCAAUGAUUUGAUUCAUUUGGAAGCACCAAUAACCGAAGAUUCUCUAAUACGAUCAUUACAUACAAGAUUUUUAUCACAAGAAUAUUUUACAAAUAUUGGACCAGUAUUGAUUGCAUUAAAUCCAUAUCAAGAUCAUUAUAAUCCACUUACAUUGGAUAGUGCACAUCGUAAUGAUAAUUGUUAUCCAUUAUAUCGUAUUGUUUAUGAAUCAGUUCGGCAACAAUCUGAAACUGGUUAUCCACAAGUAAUAAUCCUGUCGGGUAUUAGUGGUUCGGGUAAAACAUAUGCAUCGAUGACAAUCCUGAGGCAAUUAUUCAAUCUAAUUGGUGGUGGUCCAGAAACUGAUUCAUUUAAACAUUUGGCUGCUGCAUUUACCGUGUUAAGAAGUCUAGGUUCAGCAUCCACAGCGGAAAAUUCUGAAUCUAGUCGUAUUGGAAAUUUUAUCGAAAUACAAAUUCAAGAUGGUGCUAUUUAUCGUACGAAAAUUCAUUGUUAUUUUCUUGAUCAAUCACGAGUGGUGAAAACAUCGAUUGUUGGUGGUAAUGGUGAACGUAAUUAUCAUAUAUUCUAUCAAAUGCUUUUGGGAUUAUCAUUGAAUGAAAAAACAAAACUUUAUCUGGAUGGUUAUAAUUUAAAUGAUUUUGAUUAUCUUUAUAAUAAUAAUCAAUAUCAACAACAAGAAUUUGAUCAACAAACAAUUGAAAAUCAUCAAAAUCGUUUUGAAGCAUGGAAAUCAUGUUUAUCUGUACUUGGUAUUCCAUUUAUGGAUGUUGCUCGGAUAUUGGCUGCAAUUCUAUUACUUGGUAAUAUUCAUUAUUCAUCAAAUAAUCAUCAAGAUAAUGAUAAUUCAGGCAAUGAUAAUGAUAAUUUAUUUAAUAAAAAAGAACUACAUGCUGUUGCAUCACUUUUAGGCAUUUCAACAGCACAUUUACAUCGUGGAUUAACACAACAAAAUUUGCCAUCAUCAUCAUCAUCGGAUAACAAACAUCAUGGACAAAUUCUGGUUGUACGAAGAAAUUUGAAAAAUUUUCAAAUGACUAGAGAUUCAUUAGCGAAAGCAUUAUAUGCAAGAACUGUUGCUACAAUUAUACGGCGGGCAAAUUCUUCGAAACGAUUAAAAUCAAAUAGUUGUACAACAAGUUCUGAAUCGAAUGAUUCAACACAUCAUCAUCAACAUUUGGAAACAUCAAGUCAUCAUCAGGCUGCAUCAAGUAUUGGUUCAGCAUGUGGAAAAUCAUAUAAAUCAAUGGCCAUUCUACAACAGGCAUUAAGAUAUUCAUCAAUGGAAGGAUUUAUUGGAAUAUUAGAUAUGUUUGGGUUUGAAGAUUCACGGCCAAGUCGAUUGGAACAACUUUGUAUUAAUCUUUGUUCGGAAACAAUGCAACAUUUUUAUAAUACACAUAUUUUCAAAUCAAGUCUAGAAUCUUGUCGUGAUGAAGGUAUUAAACCUGAUUUGGAAAUUGAUUAUGUUGAUAAUGUACCUUGUAUUGAUUUGAUUUCAUCUUUGCGUACCGGUUUAUUUAGUUUAAUUGAUUAUGAAUCAAUCAAUAAUGGACGACCAGAAUCACUUGUAUCAAGAUUAUCAUCAAUUCAUGGAUCAAACAAUCGAUUAUUAUCAAAUAAAGCAAUAACAACAUUUGGUAUUCAACAUUUUUGUGGUAAUGUUAUCUAUGAUACACAGGAUUUUAUCGAAACAAAUUCCGAUCAAUUAUCCGAUGAUUUGAUACAAAUAUUUCAUAAAACACAAUGUUCAUUUGGUUUUGUUUCACAUUUGUUCAGUGGUGAACUUCGUAUUCUAAAGAAUCGUUAUCAAUCACAACAACCACAACAGCAAUCGAAAGGUCUUCGAUUUCGUAUUUCUCCUGUUCAUCAUCAACCACCAUCAGCUUCUUCGUCUAUAUCGAAUUCCAACGAUCAAUCCACAACGACAUUUACACAAGAUUUUCAUAGCCGUUUAGAUAAUCUCCUGAGGAUUUUGGUUCAUGCACGGCCACAUUUUAUUCGUUGCAUCAAAAUUAAUGAUCGUGAACAACCCGGUUAUUUUGAUCGUUUUACAAUAAUGAGACAAAUUCGUUCAUUACAAGUAUUGGAAACUGUAAAUUUAAUGGCUGAAGGUUUACCACAUCGUAUGCGUUUUAAAGCAUUUAUUAGCCGUUAUCGUUUAUUGAUACAUUCAAAUCAAAUUGGACAAAAUAAUAAUAAUCAAAAUAAUAAUGAUGAUAAUCAAUUGAUAAUGUUGGAUGAUUGUCGUCGAAUUUUAGAACAUUUUGAUCAAAUAAUUCAGAUAAAUUUGAUGGCCAAUAAUCGUUCAACAGCAGCAUUAACAUCAUGGACAUUAGGUCGGAAACAUGUUUUCCUUAGUGAAUCUGCUCGACAACAAUUAGAAAUUGCACGUAAUGGUCGUCGUAAUUCAGCUGCAACAAUUAUUCAAUCAUUAUGGCGUGGUUAUCGUUUACGUCGACAAUUACCAUAUAUUAAACAACAACUAAAUCAUCAACGUAAAGAGCAAAAACAAUCAUUAAAUCAUUCAAAUGUUUUACGUCGUCCACCAAGACCACAACCAAUUUCAUUUGGUUCGACUUCACCAACACCACCAUUGCCGCAAUCUGAAUCACAAAAUGUUCCUAUUAGUAAAUCAAUACAAAAUGAUAUGUAUGAUUUUAAUUUGAUUAAAGAAACCUGUUUUUUACUUGGUAUUGAUCCGGAUACACCACCCGCAUUACCAUCAAGUCGAUCAUAUACAAUAAUGGGUAAUCAAAAAUUUUCAUUUCCUCAAAUUCGAUCUCUUCGUAUGGAUUUCAUUGAUCCAAUGAAUCAUUUAAAAAUUUCCAAAGGACAAAAAGUAAUUGUUCUUGAAUUUUCACAAUAUAAACGUGGUUGUUUUACUGUUGAAUAUUCAAAAAAUCUUCGUUUCGAUAUUCCACAACAUUUUGUUGAACAACAAACUGAAUUUAAUAAUAAUUCCAAUUUAACAACAACAACAACUGCUAAUAAUACUGCUGCUCAUCAUAAUUCUCAUCAACAUUAUUUAGGAUAUGGAAUAUAA